AUGGAUUCAAUAAUCCGAUCUGCUUUGAGAGGUAAAAAGUUUGUGUUGCUUUUGGAUGAUGUGUGGAGGCCCAUUGAUCUGAAAAAAGUUGGAGUACCUGAUCCUCAUAUUACAAACAGCAAAGUCAUAUUCACUACUAGUGUUGAGGGGGUGUGCACCCAAAUGGGUGGCAAGAAGCAUAAAGUAAUGUGUUUGCCAUGGGAGGACGCAUGGAGUUUGUUCAAGCAGAACGUUAACAAAGUGGAAGACAUACUUUCUCUUUAUCCAGAUAUUCCUGGCUUGGCUGAAUCUGUUGCUAAAGAGUGUGCCGGAUUGCCUCUCGCCCUCAUCAUUGUCGGUAGCGACAUGUCUUGUAGGAAGACAGCAGGUGAUUGGAGAAAAUCCCAUCGUGAUUUGAGGACCUCUGCUGCAAAAUUUGAAGAUAUGGAACAGAAAGUCUUCCAUCUUCUUACGUUCAGUUAUGACAAUCUUGCUAGUAAGCAAUCGAAGUCUUGUUUCUUAUAUUGUGCUCUAUAUCCGGAAGAUUUUUCUAUUCAUAGAAAUGAAUUGAUUUAUAAAUGGAUGGGCCAUAGUAUGUGA